AUGAAAACGACACGCAUACAUUCUUCCUCAUCCCAGACUUGUAGGCAGAGGCCAGGGUUUGCGUGCGAGGAGUGCCGAAAAAGAAAAGUAGGCUGCGACAGGAAACAGCCACAAUGUGGCAAAUGCAUUGAUGCUGGCGUUAAAUGUGUCGUCGACUCAAACCGCCCGGCGCGGGGACCGAAGAAAGGAAGCCUGAAGACACUGCAGAAUGGGGUUGGUGAGUUGCUUCCUAAGUCGAAUGCGAAUGCGCACAGUUUCAGCGAGUCCGGCUUUUCCCCGUAUAUUGCAAAGGCCCUGCUGACACAUCCCCUAUUCGGCGAUCCAGAUACCCCGGUUACAGACGAGACGUUAUCCGCUUCUACCAGUCCCCCGCCGGAAGGCGCUAAUUCCCAAUUUCCAUCCCCAUGCGAACAGAUGAUGUUCUGGGACAACGAGCUCCGGUUGCAAAUUCCUCCCUCGACUCUAGGGUUGGCUUCGCUGCCUCUUUUUCCAUGCCAAUUUCCUCCUUCACCUCCGUUGCCGCCGGAGUGCAGGCUGAUAGAUGAGUUGAUGGCGGCAGACCUUGACCAGCUGUACUUCGAUCGAGUGCACCCAAACUACGCUAUGUGGACCUUGGCAAUGGCGCAUUCGUCACAGUUUGAGAGCUCCCGAGAUCAGCUUUACGGGGAAAAGAGGCGGAUGCUAGGAGGCCUCGACUUUUCCCAAAACGACAUGGGCGUCGUACACAUUGAGCAUGUUCAGGCAUGGCUCCUUAUCGCGCUCUAUGAGUUUGCACGCACAAACUACCGCCGCGGCUGGGUCAGUGCUGGCCGCGCUUUCCGGCUGGUCCAGCUCACAAGGCUGCAUGAGGUGGACAGUCCGGAUAACAUGAUUGAAGGGGAGGACCCUGUGCUGGCAGAAGAGAAGAGGAGGACUUUUUGGGUGGCUUACUGCCUUGAUAGAUUUAUUGGUAUUAGGAGGCGAUGGCAGCUGACGCUGGUCGAGGACGUUAUUUUCGCACGCUUUUCUUCGCCAGAACUUUCAUUCCAAGCCGGCCAUCCAACCCAAACGUGCUUUUUGUCACAGGCGAUGGGUGCCCGGAGUCAAAGCACCCUGUCGCCGCUCGCCGAGUGCUCGAUCCUGGUCACAAUUUGCGAGAAUGCCCUGUCACACCACGAACAGUCCAUGAUCGAAAGCACAUUUGGCAGUAUGCCCUCAGAUGCCCAGUUCUGGCUUCGUCACGACUGGCUGAGCUGCAUGCUCAGCAAGUCUCUGGAGUCUCUGGAUGUGAACUAUCCAGGAAUGGCCGGGGUCACGGACCCUCUAUUGCUUUUUACGUCGAUGAUGGCUCACUCGGUUGUCAUAUAUCUUUGUCAGAUCAUGGAGGCCUCGGGAAUGCAAAGCCACUACAGCCCCACUGUUGAUGAGUUCCAGAACCGUGCCAUGAUUGCUGCACGGGAGAUCGCGCGGUUCGCAAGAGCACACGAGCACAUCGGAUAUUUUAAGGCUCACAUAUUUCUCCCCGUGGUCGUGUUUCUCGGCGCGUCACGGCUCAUCUCACACCGGACCACACAUCAGUAUGAGAUAGAGAGCUGCGUAGAAGCGGAGUUGCAGAGCUGCAAGAAUACUCUGCAGAAGUUGCAGAGUUCUAAUAAUCUGGCCUGGGGCCAUCUCUACGUUCUGGAGAGUCAACACUUCACAUCUGACUAUGUACAAGUAUGUAUCUAA